AAUGGAUGCCGUGCGUUCGUUGUGGGGAUAAGCAGUUGCGGCGAAGACUUUGUCCGGUCAUCUUCCAUCCGCAGCGCAGUCGCCAGCAAGUUGUGCCAAACAUACCCCGUGCUUGUGCGUGCUUAUCACGAUAAACGAAUCAUUAUUCCACCCACGCCACAGCUGUUCUCUCAACUUGAUGAAGUAUGCAGGCCUUGGACAGCAAGAAAGACAUUCAAGGCCAGGUCCCCAUCGGCGUUUUCUGGGACAUCGAAAACUGCCACGUGCCGCGCGGAAAGUCGGCCACUGCGCUAGUCGGCCGCAUCAGGCAGCUCUUCUUCACGGGCCAUGCGGAGGCCGAAUUCUUGUGCGUCUGCGACAUUCGCAAGGAGCUGCCCGAGGUGGUGCAGGAAUUGAACCUGGCCCAGGUCACAGUGGUGCACAUCAACGCCGUGAGCAAGAAUGCCGCUGACGACAAGCUCAAGCAGUGCAUGCGGCGGUUCGUCGACAUUCACGGAAGCCCCGCCACGCUCGUGCUCAUAUCAGGAGACGUCAACUUUUCGACGGACCUGUCGGACUUCCGACAUCGUCGGCAGAUCCGCGUGGUGCUGGUGCACGGAGGCUCCGCCCCUGAGGCCUUAACUGCGUGUGCCCACGAGUCCUACAGCUUUGCCCAAGUGGCAUCGGGGGUGCCUUUCCGCACCCCGCGUCGUGAGGAAGUCCACUGCCUUGAGUUGAUGGUCACCAACCUACCGGUAACCAAGUCGCCGGGCAAGCUGAAAUGCCGAUUGAAGCAGCUGUCGGAGAACUGCGGGGGACGUGUGACCUCCAUUAAUGGCGGAACGGCCGUUCUGAAAUAUCCCACCACAAAUGCAGCUCUCAGGUCACGUGUACGCAUGGAUGGGGAGAACGUCUGCGGGAACGCCAUUUCGGUCAGUCUGCACACACCAAGACAGCGCCGAUCGCGGAGCGGCCAAAGUGGAGCGAAGCGAAGCAGCAGUAGCAGCAGCCGCAGCCCAGAGUCAUCAUCAGUUGAAGCAGACAACUACCAGAUGUUAACGUCGCAGCGCCGUACGGAGAGAUUCCCUGUCGUGGACAUGUGGAACCCAGACGCUGCCACGACUUCACUGGCUGGGCUAGAAGCUCCCGCGGAGUUCAAGAGGCCAGGGAGCGUGGGACGCGUGUCUCCCGUCAUGCGCAGCAGCAGUCAGCCAGAAGUUCCCAAUGUCCACAACUCUGGUGGAGCACAAGUCACGCAUCCUGUUUUGGGACGGGCAUUAAACAUGCCCUCACGCCACCGGUCAUGUUCUCCAACCAAUACCGGCAACAUGCUACCUUUCUACGGUAUUCCCAGAAUGUGUGAGGGCGUACCAGCUCAUCCACAGGCUCUGCCGGGAGACCUCGUGCAAGCCUUGGCCCAGCAUCAGCAUCAAGACGCGACUGCCUCUGGCAGCAACUUGGCCUUGGAAGCUAGGCUACAAAACGUUUCACUGCAGGAUCCCGGCAAAACUCCCGCUUGCAUCCGUGUCUCGAACCUCGACCCCAACAUUGAGAUUAACGAUCUCAGGAGGAUGCUUUUGGCUUUGUUUCGAGAGCAUGUGUCGGUCCUGCACAUCAGUCUGAAUGUCCAACGAGACGGCAAUGUCAAGGCAUACGUGCACGUGCCAAAUGCAUUCGAAGCCAUACGAGCUUUCAAGCACAUCCACCAGCGCCGUCUGGGCCUCUACUGUCUCCAUCUCAGUGUUGAUGACAAAGUGCUGGUACAGACGGGGUCGCCACUGUACUGCCCGAUUCAUGACAACCCCACACCGAUUGCUGCGAUACCUGGCAUGCCCAGACUUUUGCUCAAACCACUGCCCGAAGUCUGCCUACCUCGUGCGACGUGGAUCACGCAGCUUAGGAAGCUGCUGGACAUCCAUGAUGGCUCCCUCCUCUUGGACAGCUUCAAGGCAUGUUACAGAGCCGAGUUUGGGCCGCUGCCCAUGGCGACAAAGUUGGAGAAGUGGCAGGCAGGAACCGUGCCGUUGGAACACCUGGUGGCAUCAGUGCCGGGCGUUGGUGUCGUGACUUCGAAGCGGGGCUUCAAACGAGCCAAGCGGGAGCCACUCAAGCAAAUGGGCACCCUCAGAAAGGGCUCAGCCAUAGAAGAUUUUGCGUUCAAGAUGGUGGACCUGCUGCGUGCACAGCCGCACUGCAGGUUGCAACUAGGAAAGUUCCUUGAAGCAUACAAGGAUCAUUAUUCCCGUCCCCUCUGCUUGCUCCAAUUUGCCUGCAGCAAGGUGGCCGACCUCAUGGCGAGCAUCCCAGAAGUCGUCGAGGUCCUGGGCUAUGGCUCCGACGGCAUCAUCACACUGACGCACGAGGAACAGAUGAAGCGGUUCAUCUCGGACAUCGAGCACCUCUUUAAGAAGCCAGAUGCCCCAAAGACCAUGUCGCUGUCCACCCUACUCAGCCAUUUCCAGAGCGCGUACAACCGGCCGCUGGAAGUGGCUGACUACGGAAUGUGCACACUAGAUGACCUGCUCGAUGCGCUGCCCGGCACGGUGCUUGUGGUGGAGCGGAGGGAAGGCAACACGUUUAUCACUUAUCCUGACUCAGUGUCGUCGGAUCCGACGAUGGAGCAAGCGGAGCGCCUGCGCCAGUUUGCCAAGGAACUGGUCUGUCUGCUCCGUCCGACCGGCGACAGAGGCAUUCCGUUGUCCGAGCUGAGCUCCACCUACCAGCAGAUGUUCGGCCGGCCUCUUCGCAUGGCAAACUACAGGCCGUUUGGCAAGGUGGCGCAUCUCAUACAGGCCAUUUCCGAUGUUGCUGAGGUGCGCAGCAGUGGCAGCCGGAAAAUGGUGCGGCUAGCACCCAGCUACCGGCGUCCGACGUCACAGCCGCCGCCCGUUGCUAAAGAGGAAGCAAGGCAGUUUGAAGAGGACAGCUUGGAGAAAAGGCAGGAAGAGGAGUGCGUCCUGGACCUGCUGUCCGAACCCGACAGCAGUAUGGACUUGGACCAGCUGUGGGUCGCAUUCCACGAGCGCUGCGGUUCAUACCCGAAUCUCUCACUCCUGCGCCGCCUGGAGCACAAUGACUGCAUUGUUUUCUACCGGGACGCUGGCCGAGUGAAGCUGUCGCCUCGGUACCGGCUGGCCUGGCAGCUGCGUCGUCUGCUCUGGUCCCUCACAGAACCUGGCGAGGAACCGCGGCUGUCCUUGGCUCUGCUCGAAAACGCUUACCGUCGAAGACAUGGUAAACCCCCACCACUGCAGCAGCUGAAUUUCGAUAGCUUAGAAGAGCUGCUCGAGUCGGUGCCGAAGUACUUCACCUUGUCGGGGGACCGGGAUUCGCGGUCUGUCAGCCUGGUGAAGGUCAACAGGGAGCCAAAGGUCAACAGGGAGCCAAAGGUCACCGCGGAGGAGCCGCACUUGUUGGAGCCGACGAGGGCACCUUCUCCAGUGAACAACUCAAGCACGUGCGCGGAGGACACAGCUAGCAGCUUGGAAAGUGGCGUCGAGCCAGAGUUGCUGGUGCUUUGCCCACUGCCAGAGCCAGAACUGAUGCAGCUAUGUCCGGAGCCAGAGCUUAUGCAGCUGUGCACGCUGCCGGAGCCAGAGCUGCUGGAGCUCUUUCCUUCGUCAGAUGACGACUUGCUCGACGGGCCGAUUCCAAGCAACUUGCCGUCCCCAGUCAUCUGUCCAGAGAUCUCGCCGGCUGGGGACCUUAUGCAGUUCGACAUGGCAGAUAACGACACUAGGCCCAGUUCGGAGGCCGACUCGGCCGAGCUCUUAGACUCCGUGGCGUCUACCGACCAGCCCGCCAGAAAGAAGAGGCUCGCCGCCUUGUUCCCGGUCCCACUCUCGCAAUAACUGCCUCCGCCGCCAAGGCUACCGGCACGGGGCGCACGCUUUUAUCAUUCGGGAACACGUCUCGGGGACCAGAUCUGCCACCAGUAGCACCACUUCCAUCACUCUACGUUUUUCCACGCUUUCAAAGAUAAGCUCUUGUGUUUUGUAGCCUCGCAAAGUGUGGGCAUCCACUAAUGCUUGCAUUUUUAUCCGCGCCUUUCUUUUUUUCUUUUUAACAUUGUGUACUUGUGCUUGUGCAGCAUAUUUGCUUCGUGUGAAUGAUGCCGGUGGAAGUGAUUCAAGGCGGGGCCUGGCCUGCCACCAGUCAUGCGAGACAUUUUUAAGAAAUGCGAUAUCAUUUUAUUUUUUCAUUUCCUCUCAUUUGCUCUGUCGUGAUCUUUGUAUAGUCAUCUUUCUACGUCCUUGACUCUCCCUUUCAUCCUGCCAUCAGUCGUACGAGACUUUUUUUUUUUUUUAGUUUUCUUUCACCUUUUUUGUCAUGAACUUGGUACAGUCAUCUUAUUGUGACUUUUUCUUCCUUUUUUCAUAUGAUGACACUGCGUGUUCAUAAGCGCACACUCUCGAAUAUGUGACCUGCAAGGCUUUAGAAACCUGCUUAGCCAAGUGCUUAUUGCCUUUAUGGUCACUGUACCUGUUGCAAAUGUCCGGAACUGCAUACGCUGUGGUAUUGCAUUUCUCAUUAUGGGACGGUACGGUCCACUGCAGAACUUUACGGGACACAGGAUUGCUGAAUUCCCACAAAGCCAGGGCACGUCGCCUUGAAAUCAGAGUCUCGGAGUGGAUCAUUGAUCUCUGAUUUAAUGAGUCACAACAGGCCAUUGCAGCCUUCACAGUGGCCCUUUAAAUUGGAUGUACCAUGCCUUAGCAGACGAUAAAUUCAGAUGCAUCGUGGAACCCGUGUCCCGUAAACUUUUGGGGCUGACUGUGCCUCUUCGUGAAAUGGCAAAAAGUCUGACAGACGUGAUGCAUCCUGUCUUUCGAUGUAAAAGGACAGCAACAUUUUAACGUAACCAUCGCUUUUUCCUUCUUUUUUUUCUUUUUGCAGCUGCAAUCAAAUGCAAAUUGUUGUAUACAUUUAUACAUGUAUACACAUGUUCAUGCAUACAUUUAGAGUGAGUUCUGUCAAUAUGAUUGCGCAAUACCGGUGUAACUUAUUGUGCAUGUAUGCCACCUUUUUUAGCUCUACCUUUUUUUUUUUCUGCUUUCAUAGUGGUCUAAUGAAAUGUGGACAGGACAGUCUAAUGAUAAAAAAAGAAGUAAGAAAACAAGAUGAUUCUACCAACUUUUAAUAGAAUAAUAGCGUAGUUGAUUGUUACCAAGAGUGCGCCAUUUCACUACGUCUUAACACACCGCUGUUCUGUCAGUUCAGCCACAGUCUCACCAUUUGGAUUGACAGCGUCCCAUCCAUGUUUCAUUAUUCCGCGACAGUGCACGCAGCAAACACCUGGUACAGCAUGCGUGCACCCAGAAUUUUCAAAAUGGACACAAAAGUGUUUUUAGACACUAAGGUUCGUGUGCGACGUAUUUAUAUGUUUGCCAGAUUUGCAUGUGAUCACUGCUUGUAACAUGAAAGGGCUCAACUGUGAUAAACAGUGGACUGUGUCUGUAGCAAUCUUGUAAAAAAAAAAAAAGAAA